UGGAAAUGUUUGCUGUACAACUGGACCAGGGGUGGACUGACCAUUUGGAAACUCGGGCACUGCCUGAGGGCCCGGGGUCAGUAGGGGGCCCCUUGAGAUGCCCCUGGUACCUUUUUCAUAGGCUUUUUUGAGUCUGGGCAAGGACACAGGGGCCCCAUGAUCCCCUAUUGCCCGGGGGCCCAUGAGUUGUCAGUCCGCCCCUGAACUGGACACUUCAGUAGCUCUGCAAAUCAUUUUUUAAGUGUCUUUUUCUUGGUCCAAUGACAUCAUUCCGCCCCUGCUUACUACGUGUGAAAUCACAUG